GCAACCAUGCUGGUUGUCAGGAGCAAGAUGCUUGGCUUUGCUACCAACACGUUCAGGACUGCAAGAACCGUGGGCAUUCGAUUUGCUUCUACUUCUAACCUCAAGAAGACUCUGAUUUAUGAUGAACACAUCAAGCUGGGAGGGCAGAUGGUUGACUUCGCCGACUGGGCCAUGCCUGUGCAGUACAAGGACCAUCCCAAGGCAGACAGCAUUAUCAACUCAGUCAAACAUGUUCGUACCAAGACAGGACUGUUCGAUGUUUCGCACAUGUGCAGUCUCCGCUGGCGUGGAAAGGAUGCGAUCGCCUUUUUGGAGAGCGUGACGGUUGCUGACAUUGAGAAUCUUGCCAUGGGCAAGGGAACCCUCUCUGUGAUCCCAAACGAAAACGGAGGAAUCAUCGAUGACACCAUGAUCACCAAGACAUCGGACGAGAAGGGCGAUCACAUCUACCAGGUCAUCAAUGCUGGAUGCGCCGUGAAGGAUCUGGAAUUCUUCAAGCAGAAACUCGGGAAGUUCGGCGGAGACGUAUCGAUGGAGGUCCAGUGGGAGGACAGAGGACUUUACGCCCUGCAAGGACCAGAGGCUGUCAAGGUCAUGCAGAGGCUCAUUCCUGUUUACGACUUCAAGUACAUGAACUUCGGCGAUGCUCAGAACAUGGUGAUGGACGGUAUGCAAAUCUUUGUUGCCAGAUGCGGAUACACUGGAGAAGACGGCUUCGAGAUUUUCGUUCCAGGGGAAAACGCUGUGAAGCUGUGGCGAAAACUCAUCGAUCAGCCUGAAGUGCAUCCAGCUGGGUUGGGAGCUCGUGACACGCUGAGACUGGAGGCUGGCCUCUGCCUGUACGGGCAUGAUAUUGAUGACACCACUACCCCAACCAUGGCAGGAUUGUCGUGGACUGUAGGGAAGGGGCGUCGUGAGCCUGGGGCCCGUCCCUUCACAGGCUCGGAUACUAUCCUCAAGCAGGUGGCAGAGGGUCCCAAGUCUGUACCCAAGAUGCGCGUCGGCAUCAUGUCUACUGGGGCUCCUGCAAGAGAGGGGGCAGAGAUCUCCCUCCCAUCGGGGGAAGUUGUUGGCAAGGUCACCUCAGGUGCAGUCUCGCCCAUCUUGAAGCAGAACAUCGCCAUGGGAUACAUCAACAGACCACACAACAAGACGGGGACCGAGGUCGUUGUUACAGUGCGCGGCAAGUCCAACCCUGGAACUGUGGUCAAGAUGCCCUUCGUUCCUACCCAGUACUACAAGGCACCUUAAAAGGUGCUGAGCCUUGUCGCCGCAAGCGAUGUGGUUUAGUAAAACUUUGAUGAACUUCA